GCCUUGCAGCCUGAGAUAAGGCCUUUGGCGGGUGUCUCCCCUAUCACUCCCUCAAGUAGCUGUUGGGGAGAGGGGUGAUGCCUGGUGCCGGUGGAACCUCUGCACGGAGACGGAUGCAGGAUGGGCUCUAAGUACCCGCCAUCUGUCCGGGGCUGCCUGCCCCUCUGGGCCCUAACACUGGAAGCAGCUCUCAUUCUUGUCUUCUUUUUUUUCACCUACUACGACACUUCCUUAGAGGAUCAAAAGGUGCUCAUGGAGUUCUAUCAAGUCUGCCAAGAUCUGACCGUGAUGGCGGCCCUUGGCUUGGGCUUCCUCACCUCAUCUUUGCGAAGACACAGCUGGAGCAGCGUGGCCUUCAACCUCUUCAUACUGGCCCUUGGUGUGCAGUGGGCAAUCCUGCUGGAUGGCUUCCUGAGCCAGUUCCCUCCUGGAAAGUUGGUCAUCAAACUGUCCAGUAUUCGGCUGGCCACCAUGAGUGCUAUGUCGGUGCUGAUCUCAGCUGGUGCUGUCCUGGGGAAGGUCAACUUGGUGCAGUUGGUGGUGAUGGUGCUGGUGGAGCUGACAGCCUUUGUCACCAUGAGGAUGGUCAGCAGAAACGUCUUCAGUACAGAGGACCACACGAACAUGAUGUGCAUCCACGUGUUCGCAGCCUAUUUUGGGCUGACUGUGGCCUGGUGUCUGCCAAAGCCUCUUCCCGAAGGAACGGAGGAAAAAGAACGGACAGCAACAAGCCCCAGUUUGUCUGCCAUGCUGGGAACCCUCUUCUUAUGGAUGUUCUGGCCAAGUUUCAACUCUGCUCUGCUGAGAAAUCCACUUGAAAGGAGGGAUGCUGUGUUCAACACCUACUAUGCUCUAGCGGUCAGCGCAGUGACAAGCAUCUCACUGUCAUCCUUGGCUCAUCCCCGAGGGAAGAUCAACAUGACUUACCUGCACAAUGCGGUGCUGGCAGGAGGUGUGGCUGUGGGUGCCUCGUGUCACCUGAUCUCUUCUCCUUGGCUUGCCAUGGUGCUGGGUCUUGUGGCUGGGCUGAUCUCCAUCGGGGGAGCCAAGUGCCUGCCGGUGUGUUUUAACCGAGUGCUGGGGAUUCACGACAGCUGCGGCGUGCACUACACCUUCGGCUUGCCGGGUCUGCUUGGAGAGAUCACCUACAUCGUGCUGAUGAUGCGUCAGGCUGUCUGGCGGGGACUGGGACUGAUUCUCUACCAGGUCCUUCUCGACGCUGGGCAAUUCAGCUUGGCUGUGGCGAUGGGUCUUGCAUCUGGUCUCCUGACAGGUUUGCUCCUACGUCUCAAAAUAUGGAAAGGACCUCAUGCGGCUAAAUAUUUUGAUGACCAAGCUUUCUGGGAGUUUCCUCAUUUGGCUGUCGGAUUUUAAGCAAAAGCACCCAAGAAAAACAAGGCCUGUUCAAAAACAAGGCAGCUUCCUUUUGCUGGUGCCUACUCUGUGAGAAACACUCAUGACAACAAAGUCUCCUUAUGUACAAUAAAACAAGGUCAAAGACAGAUUUGACAUUAAAAAAUAAGACUAACAACUUGUUUAAGAGUCAAUUUAAUAACAAUUUAAAAUAAAUUUGUAGUUUCAUUAAGAUGAUGCUAUUGAUAUUUUCUUGGUUACAGACGAUAUCUGUAUUAAAGUUUUGGGUAAAUUUUA